AUGGCAGAAAACUACGAUUAUUUGUUUAAGGUUAUUUUAAUAGGAGAUAGUGGCGUAGGUAAAUCAAGCAUCGUUAAAAUGUUCACAGACAAAACAUUUAAUAAGGAUCAACAGUCUACAAUUGGUGUAGAUUUUAAGAUAAAAACAUUGGAUGUGGAUAAUAAAAGGGUUAAAUUACAGAUAUGGGAUACAGCAGGACAAGAAAAGUUUAAUUCAAUUGUUUCAAAUUAUUACAGAGGUGCUUUUGCAGUGUUAGUUAUAUUUGAUGUAACUAAAGAAGCAACACUUAAAAACACUAAGAAAUGGGUUAGUGAUUUUUUUCAAAAGAACACAGUUGAUGGGGUUGAAACAUUCAUUAUUGGAAACAAAAUAGAUUUAUUACCAAAAGAGGAGAUCGAUGAAAAUAAUCGAAAGGCUUUAGAAUUGAAAUUCAACCAGAAAAUUACUGAUCUUAAUAUUAGAGAUUACAAGUUUAUCCCAGUAAGUGCCAAAGAUGACAUUAAUAUUAACAAACUCUUUGCCACACUUGCAAGUAAUUGUAUGAAUAAAUUUCCGCCCAUAACUAACCUAAAGAAAAAGGUUAGUUUAGAUCAAAAACAUGACAGUAGUUUUUGUUGUUAA